UUUAAAGUGUAGAGUUCUACUGUUUGGGUUUGCUCGUUUUCCAACACUGUUGCUAACUGAAUGGCGCAAUUUGCUUAAAAAAUCUGAACAUGCCACCAAAACGAACCAAAAAAGCAACGGAGCCUGCAGCUCAAGAGGAUGAGGCCAAAGAGCUUGAUCCCUCGCAACCGGUGCUCUACGUAGAGCACUGCCGAUCCUGACGCGUAUUUCGUCGUCGGGCGGAGGAGCUGCACGCCGCUCUGCAGGAUCGUGGUCUCCAACAGCUUCAACUCCGGCUGAAUGCAUCUGGAGCACCACGGCGCGGCGCCUUCGAGUUGAGUUUGCAGAAGGAAGGUGGGGGAAACGGGGAGCAGGUGGCGCUUUGGUCUGGUUUAAAGCGAGGACCACCGCGUGCUCUCAAGAUUCCCAGUGUAGAUGAGGUGUACGAUCGAAUCACAGGGAUCUUGGGUGGGAAUCAGGAGGCCACUGGAUUGCCUAACGAACAGGAUUCAUCGAAAAUUGAUUUGGAGCAGGUUAAGGUUGCCGAAACUGAAAAGGAGCAGAAAUCCGAGGUUUUGGCCAAGGAGAAGAGAUCAAAAACCGAAUCAAAAACAACUGAGAAAAAAAAGGCACCUUCAAAGGAUUUGGACAAGAACAAAACGGCAACCGACUCAAAGAAGAUUACGGCAAGCAAAUCCCAAAAAGAUCUGAAAUCUGAGGAACUAUCCGAGGAGGAGCAAUCUAAAAUCAAUACAAAGGAGUCGGAGGAGGAUGAACAAUCUAAAACAAAGAUUGCCGCAAAAUCCCAGAAGAAGCCGACAAAGACAGCCAAAUCGAAGGAAGAACAUGGUGAAGAGCAGCCCCAAGGCAGCCAGAAACGCAAACGAAGCACCAGAUCCUCCACAGAUGAAUCUUCAAGCACCUCCAAACGCAAAAAGUAGUUGUUCCCGAGAAAUCCCGCCAGCAAUAGAGCCUGAUGAUCGAUGAUUGGCAAAUCCUCUCGGGGAACCAAUCAUUGAGAAUGCCUUUGCCUUUGCUGGAUGGACUUUUUUUUGGUAAAAGGAUGAAAGAAAACACUGGUUGCAAAAUUGUUAUUACAAAAUAUAUUAAAACAUCUUAGAAACCUA